AUGGACCCGACCGUUCCAAUUGACGAUCAGUUCUCCAAGCUGCAUCCUUCUCUGCCUGUGAGCACCAGGUUCUGCAUAAUCGGAGCCGGCCCGAGCGGCGUUUCGGCGGCGUAUGCGCUCACCAAGCUUGGAUACAGAAAUGUAACCGUACUUGAGAAGCAUCACACCGUUGGUGGGCUGUGUGAAUCUGUGGAUAUCGAAGGGAGGGUUUAUGAUCUGGGCGGUCAAGUUCUCGCCAAGAACAGCGCGCCGGUUAUAUUCCACUUGGCGAAAGAAGCUGAAGCUGAAUUGGAAGAAAUGGACUCUCAUAAGCUUGCUUUGAUUGAUAGCUCUACUGGGAAGUAUCAGGACAACAAGGUUGCUGAUGACUAUGUCUCUGUAAUUACCCUCACAUUGGAACUCCAGGAUAAGGCCAAGGCUUCAGGAAGAAUUGGGGUUCAUGCUGUGAGCGAGCUAGCAUCAGAUUUAACUCCGGCAUACCUCGAAUCCCACGGCUUGAAAUCUGUUCCCAAAUCCGUGGCCUAUGGAUACACAGCUUCUGGGUACGGGUUUGUUCAGGACAUGCCGUAUGCUUACAUUCACGAGUUCACCAGAACAUCCAUGGCUGGGAAGAUCAGAAGGUUCAGAGAUGGGUACACUAGUCUGUGGAAGAAGCUGAGUGAGUCCCUGCCGAUUGAUCUCCGUUGCCAGAGCGAAGUGCAGGCGGUUCGCCGCGAUUCUGAUGGGGUUAGGGUUGAUGUGAAGAGGAAUGAUGGUGGAGGAGUUGAAACCUUGGAGUUUGACAAGAUCGUGAUCUCUGGCUCUUUCCCUUUCAGGAUUGGGACAACCUACAGAUCACCAAGUGUCCACUCAUCAGUAGAUGAAGAUCAAGUGAUGGAUCUAACUGACCUUGAAAAUGAGUUGUUUAGCAAAGUCCAAACGAUCGACUAUUACACAACGGUUAUGGAGAUUAAAGGGUUGGAGGAUAUGCCAGUUGGGUUUUACUACUUUGGGGAGUUCAUGGAGGACCCUGCCACGAUUGGACACCCGAUCGCGAUGCAGAAGUACUAUGCUGAUUCGGACAUUUUCUUGUUCUGGUCGUAUGGGAACUCGGCAGAUGUCAUGGGACCUAAAGUCGCCGAACUUGCUCUGAAAGUGGUGAAAUCUAUGGGAGCACAAGCACAGCAGGUUGUUUUGCAACGUAGAUUCAAGUACUUCCCUCAUGUUUGCAGCCAAGAUAUGAAGAAUGGAUUCUAUGAAAGGCUGGAGAAUGAGCUUCAGGGACAGAGUAACACUAUUUAUGUUGGUGGGCUUAUGGCAUUUGAGCUUACAGAGAGAAACUCAUCUUAUUCCAUGGCUACCAUCUGCAAGCACUUUGCUAGUAACAACUCCUUGCCCACAUUCCCUUAUGUUAAGAGCUUAUUCUCACUGCAAGCUAACAUCCAAACCAAGAAACUACAGCAACUAGGAGAGAUUGCAGGAGUGGAGUUCCCAGAUCUGCCCAGCCUCGACGCUUACCUGAAACACUGGGGGACUCUGCCAUCAACGAAGGACAAAACACUCUACACAUGGAUCAACGAAGAAGGCAUCGUCGUUUGCAAGAGGACUUACGCCGAAUUGAAUGCCAAUGCUGCCUCCAUUGCUCACCACAUGUUGACCAGCCGGAAGCCGGUCAUCAAACCCGACGACCGUGUGUUGCUUGUGCAUGUCCCGGGCUUGGACUUUGUCGACGCGUUCUUUGGUUGCAUACGAGCCAGAGUCAUCCCGGUUCCAGUCCUCCCACCGGACCCGAUGCAGAGAGGCGGUCAGGCUCUAUUGAAGAUCGAGAACAUCGCUAAAUCCUGCAGAGCAGUGGCGAUCCUCUCGACUGGAUUUUACCACACUGCGGUUCGUGCCGGUUCUGUCAAGCAGCUCAUAUCGCUGAGCGGGAAGAAGAAUAGGAAUGAGGUUCAAGCACGGUGGCCUAAUCUUCCAUGGUGCUAUACAGAUUCAUGGGUUAAGAAGGGCACGAAAUCCAUGGCUGCUCAAAACUCAGCCGAACCCGAACAACAGGACUUAUGCUUCUUGCAGUUCACCUCAGGAUCUACUGGAGAUGCUAAGGGGGUCAUGAUAACUCACGGUGGACUCAUUCACAACGUGAAGAUGAUGAAAAGGGUUUACAGGAGCACGUCGAAGACGGUUCUGGUUAGUUGGUUGCCUCAGUACCACGACAUGGGGCUGAUUGGCGGGCUUUUCACCGCCAUGGUUAGUGGCGGAACCGCUGUCUUGUUCUCUCCAUUGACGUUUAUAAAAAACCCACUCUUGUGGCUGAAGACAAUGAGCAAUUACAGAGGAACUCACAGUGCGGGCCCGAACUUUGCUUUCGAACUGAUGGUGAGGAGGCUAGAAGCUGAGAAGGAUAAAGGUGGCAGAAGAAGCUCUUAUGAUCUUUCUUCCAUGGUUUUCCUAAUGGUUGCCGCCGAGCCAGUGAGGCAUAAGACGUUGAAGAGGUUUCUCGAGCUAACUCGUCCAUUUGGGUUGUCUCAAGAAGUGAUGGCGCCUGGGUAUGGCUUGGCCGAGAAUUGUGUGUUUGUGUCAUGUGCUUAUGGUGAAGGGAAACCCGUCUUACUUGAUUGGCAAGGUAGGGUUUGUUGCGGGUACGUGAGUUCAAACGACAUUGACAUGGAUGUCAGAAUUGUUGAUUCUGAAAGUGGAGAAGAGGUUAAAGAAUGUGGGGAAGAAGGAGAAAUUUGGAUCAGCAGUCCAAGUGCGGGGAUUGGGUACUGGGGAAGGGAAGAGUUAAGCCACUGGACUUUCAAGAAUGAAAUCUCCAACGACAAGUCUGAGAAGAGGAGAAUUUACACAAGAACAGGGGACUUGGGGAGAAUCAUUGAUGGGAAUCUUUUCAUCACCGGAAGAAUCAAGGAUCUCAUCAUUGUAGCUGGAAGGAACAUCUACUCAGCUGACGUGGAGAAGACAGUUGAGAACUCGUCAGAGAUACUCAGGCCAGGUUGCUGUGCUGUGAUUGGUGUUCCUGAAGAAGUCUUGUCGGCAAAAUCCAUCCUAGUCCCAGACAGCUCUGAUCAAGUAGGGUUAGUGGUCAUUGCAGAGAUCAGGGACAAUGUUAAGUCCAUCGACAAGGAAGAAGUAGCACGACAGAUCAAACUUAAAGUUGCAGAGGAACAUGGCGUUACAGUGGUUGCCAUCAACUUGAUUAAGCCUCGAACGAUUAGCAAGACAACGUCGGGGAAGAUAAAGAGAUUUGAUUGUCUCAAACAGUUUACAGACGGAACUCUAAGCUUGGUUUCGGAAAAAUCUUUCUCGAAGAGGAAACUAUCCUUCAAGCUGAGCAAAGAUCAGGAAAGAUCAAUGUCUCGAUCAAACACUAUGGUCCCAGGAAAUGCUGGCAGAUUGAGCAACAAACAGAUUGUGCAGUUUUUGAAGGAAGUUGUCUCUGAUCAGACAGGAGUUCUUAUCAACAACAUAUCCACAAAUGAGAACUUGUCGUCAUAUGGGAUCGAUUCCAUUGGCGUCGUCAGAGCUGCUCAAAAGUUGUCGGAUUUCCUCGGAGUGCCCGUUGGAGCAGUAGAUAUCUUCACUGCAACUUGCAUCGGCGAUCUAGCAACCUUUUCGGAGAAUCUCUUGAUGAAAUCUCAACCAACUGGAUCGAUGAUGAAUAAUUCUUCACCCUCGGAAAAUAAUGAGGUCCUUAACUUUGCAGAAGAUUCGACGAUGCCAGAAGCUUCCACGACCCGCAAGAUCCUUGUAUGGUGCUCUCAACUUCUUGCCCUCAUUUACGUGGCUACCCUGUUGAGCUUCCCAGCUUACUUCUCCAUUUCGACAUUCACAAGUCUGCUUUCUAAUGUUGAUACAUUGGUUGGCGGGGGAGUUUGGUUGACCACAUUAGCUUUGGCACCUCUUGCAUGGAUUCUCUGCAUGGUCGCGACGUGUGUGGUCAUUGCAUUAUUUGGCAAGCCUUUCCUACAACCGAACUAUGCUCUGUCGCCAGAAGUUUCGAUUUGGUCGAUGGAUUUUGUGAAAUGGUGGGCGCUUUAUAAAGUCCAAGAAACUGCUUCAAAAGCGCUUGCCGUGCAUUUAAGAGGGACGGUGUUCUUAAACUACUGGUUUGCCAUGCUCGGAGCUCGAGUCGGGUCAACGGUUUUGCUUGAUACUAUUGAUAUCACGGACCCAUCAUUGGUCUCGAUUGGAGAUGGUGUUGUGAUCGCCGAAGGUGCACUAGUACAAAGCCACGAGGUAAAAAAUGGAGUUCUUAGUUUCCUUCCGAUCAAAAUUGGUCGGAAUUCCUCUAUUGGUCCGUACUCUAUGAUCCAGAAAGGGAGCGUUGUGGGAGAAGAAGUUGAUGUUCCGCCAUUGCAGAAGACUCCAGCUAGUAAGACUGUUUCUAGAUCAAGCAAGGAUGAAGUGCAUCCCGAUUGUAAUAUUUUCCCGAGGAACGCCUUGUCUCACUUCCUAGGAAUCUACAUGGUCGGCCUCCUCAGCAGUUUCUCAGCAGUUAUCGUCUACUUCGUCUACAUCUACCUAUCUCAACAACCACCUUCAUUGCAACAAUUCUCCCUCUCUUGCAUUGCUGGAGCUUUCCAUUGGCUUCCAUUCACAAUCAUUGCAUAUGCCACGAUUCUCCCCGGGAAUCUCCUUACUAGCCCACUCACCUUCGCCACAUCACUUGCCAUCUUUUACUUGGCACAUGGUCUGAUCCUCAUCUUCCUCACCGGAGCCUUCACUCGCUCCCUUGCUGGGAAACCAGACAAAGAGAACACGCCUCUCAACACUUGGCUUCGCCACCGCCUCACUGUCUCCUGCCACUUGAAAUUCGCCAAGCUCCUGUCUGGAACAGAAGCCUUCUGCAUGUACUUGCGCAUAUUGGGAGCAACGAUUGGGAAGCACUGUUCGAUUAGAGCCAUCAACCCUAUAUCGAAUCCCCGACUCAUGAGGAUUGGGGAUGGUGUUCAUCUCGGCGACUUUAGUAGAAUCAUUACAGGGUAUUACUCAUCGUCAUCGUCGUCUAAUGGGUUCACUUCAGGUAAAAUUGAGGUCAACUCUAACUCUGUGGUCGGAAGUCAAAGCUUGAUCCUUCCCGGUGUUGUUAUCCAAGAGAAUGUCAUUCUUGGAGCACUUUCAAUCGCUCCGGUGAACUCCACUCUCCGGUGUGGUGGAGUCUACAUUGGGUCCCAAGCUCCUGUAAUGAUUAAAAACACAAUGCAUGCUUUGGAUGAACGGAUUGAAGAAAUGGACACCAAGUACAAAAAGAUCGUCGGCAACUUGUCAGCUAGCUUAGCUGCAACCACUCUGAAAGUGAAAUCAAGAUAUUUCCAUCGAAUUGGAGUCAGUGGAAAGGGACACCUUAAAAUCUACGACGACAUCAAAGGACGGCUACCGGAUCACGAGAUCUUCCAAGGUGGUAAAACUUACCCAGUUGUGGUCCGCCACAGCAACAGCUUGAGCUCUGACGAUGAUGCUAGGAUUGAUGCUCGAGGGGCGGCAAUCAGGAUCCUCUCUGAGGAUUCCAAGUCCCAGCUCCUCGACCUGACAUUGAAAACAGGGAACGCCUUCUAUGCUCGCACCAUAUCUGAUUUCGCCACAUGGUUGGUGUGCGGACUUCCAGCAAGGGAAGCCCACGUGAAGAGAAUGCCACAUAUUCGGGAUGCAGUGUGGAACUCUCUCCGGAAUUCAAACUCCUACACUCAACUCCAUUACUUCUCCAACUUUGUGCGCCUUCUGAGGUGCAAAGACGGACAUGAGAUGUACGUCAGGUUCAAGCUGAGGCCCGCCGACGAAAGCAUCAAUGAGGAUGCUGGUGAAGUUGAGCCGAUUGGCAUUCUCCCGCCGGACACAGGUGCGAUUCCGAGAGACCCUAAUGAUUCGCGUCCUUUGCUUUUCUUGGCCGAUGAUUUCCGGAACCGAGUGAGUUCCCCUGGCGGCGUUCGAUACAUCUUCCAAUUACAAGUGAGGCCGGUUCCCGAAGAUGAAUCUGAACGUGAUGAUGCAAUUGACUGCACAAAGCCAUGGGACACUUUAGAGUUUCCGAACAUCGAUGUGGGCGAAAUCAAUCUUGAACAGAAUCUCGACAGUGAAGAAUCUGAGGCAUUAGAGUUCAACCCUUACAUUCGCUGCGACGGGGUGGAUGUGAUCCGCGCCACGUCCUCGUCACAAAGUGCCUCCAUCGACCAUGGACGCUCGUUGAUCUACGAGAUAUGCCAGCACUUGAGGAACAAAGAGCCACUGCCGGAAGCUUGGAGGAUCUUCAUCGAACAAUCAGACGUCAAAGUAGACCUCUCUGGCUGCCCAAUGGCAGCAGCCCCAAUCACGAAGAUGAUGAAAAGGGCGUCCACCGAAAAAGUGACACUGGCGAGAACAUGGUACGAGACAACAUGGGCAACUCUCGUUCAGCCAUUUCUACAAACACUUGUCCCGCAUUUCUUAAUCGGCCUGGUAAUCUUCCAUCCUCUGAAGUUCACACUCUCCUUUCGACAAACAACCAAAACCCCUCUCCACUAUUUACUCCCCUUCAUCUGGGUUUCCUCUGGCCUUCUCUCCGGCCUUGCCUGCAUCCUCGCAAAGUGGAUCCUGGUGGGGAAAAAGAGAGAAGGGGACACGGUUUAUAUAUGGAGCAUAGGGGUUUUCCUAGACACAAUUUGGCAAGCAUUCCGAACUGUGAUCGGAGACUACUUUGUGGAAAUGACUAGCGGGUCACUCUUCUUCAACCUCUGGGUAAAGCUUAUGGGUACUGAGAUCGAUUUGGGUCAGGGUGCAUAUAUAGACUCCAUGGGAGCGACCUUGAACCCGGAGAUGGUGGAGGUUGAAAGAGGUGGGUGCAUUGGCAAAGAAGCUUUGUUGUUCGGGCACAUCUAUGAAGGCGAAGGUGGGAAGGUGAAGUUCGGAAAGAUUAAGGUUGGAGAAGGUGGGUUUAUUGGGAGCAGAGCUAUCGCCAUGCCUGGAGUGAGGAUUGAGAGUGAUGGCAAUCUCCAUGCUUUGUCUCUGGCCAUGAAGGGGGAAGUUAUUAGGUGUAUGUAA